AUGGCAGCGUGCCGGGACUUCCGCAUCCGGGCCUCGGAGGGACUGGGGCGCUGGCCUGUGGGUCCCCAUCUGUCAUCCCUGCCUCCACUCCUGUCGGCGCGGACACCAGUCGUCAUGCCUGGGGUUCAGAUGAGUGACCUCCACCAGACUGAAGCUGACUUUCAGGACCCAAGAGAGGCUGAGGAUGUGGUGGUUGCGCAGGAGAUUGGGGCUGAGGAGGUGGCGGAUGCAUCCCCCAUGUCUCCCUCAUCCUCUUCCUCCUCCUCCCCCUCCCCCUCCUCCUCCGUCCUGUUCCUGGACACCCUGGAGGAGGUAGAUGAUUCUGGGACACCCAGUGCCCCGCAGAGCCCUCGGUGUGUCUGCUUCUUCCCCGCUGCUGACGACGACGCCCCUCCAUGGAGCCAGUCGGAAGAUGACACCUCCAGCAGCCAAGAUGAGGAGAGGCCCAGCACCAGCCAGGACCCCGCAGAUGCCGAGUCCUCACACCCAGACCCACUCCAUUUGAAGGUGGCUGAUCUGGUGAGCUUCCUGCUCCUCAAGUACCGCUCAAAGGAGCCGACCACAAAGGAAGACAUGCUGAAUGCGGUCCUCAGAGAUGACCAGGACCACUUCCCUGUGAUCUUGAGUCAAGCCUCUGAGUGUCUGCAGCUGGUCUUUGGGGUGGAUGUGAAGGAGGUGGACCCCAGGGAGCACUUGUAUGUCCUGGUCCCCACCCUGGGCCUCACCUGUGACGGGAUGCUGGGCGAUGGGCAGAGCAUGCCCAAGAACGGCCUCCUGGUGAUGCUCCUGGGUGUGAUCCUCCUGGAGGGAGAGUGCGCCACUGAGGAGAAGAUGUGGGAAGCACUGAGUGUCAUGGGGGUGUAUCCCGGGAGGGAGCACUGCAUCUACGGGGAGCCCAGGGAGCUCGUCACCAACGUGUGGGUGCGGGAGGAGUACGUGGAGUACCUGCAGGUGCCCAACAGCGAUCCCCCUCGCUACGAGCUCCUGUGGGGGCCCCGGGCCCACGCGGAGACCAGCAAGCUGCAAGUCCUGGAGCAUUUGCUCAGGGUCAAUACAAGGAAUCUCAGUUCCUUCCUGUCCCUGUCUGAAGAGGUGUUGAGUGAUGAGGAAGAGUGGCCCUGA